AAUCAUAAAAAUGUUAAAAUAUAAUAUUUAUUCAUAUAAACUAUUGUCCUUUAAAAAGAACGGUUUUUGUACAAGUGUGUCGAACAAAAUUAUCGUGCUCUUUCAGAGAAAGAACUUUAUCCUCGUAUCUUAAUUUUACCUCUAAGUAUUCCAAUAUAAUUAAUUUUAUUAAUUCGUAUUUAUGAUUUUCUAAUACAUCUAAUUCUAAGAUAUGUGCCUCAAAAUUUGUAAAAAUCAUAUGUAGUUUUAAAUUUCUAAAAACGUCACUUACAAUCCGCAUAUGUACAUACUUAGGAAUCGUCGCUUUUUAACGCUUGCUUUGCGUUGUGAUGAAAUGAGCUUCUAUUCGCUACAUGAAAAGGAUAGAGGCGAUAGCGAACAGCUUUUUAACGCUGCUUUGCGUGGCGGUGGAGUGGGGGUAAAACGCCAGCUUUUACUCGCUGCGUGAAACUGCGGCUUGAGUCUUCACUGACGUCGUUGUUCGCCCACGUUCGCCAAUGUUUUAAGAUGGCGGACGCGAAUGAAAAGUUGCUGGCAGAACUCCUGAAAAAGCCUGGGAACAAUGUGUGUGCGGAUUGCGGGGCCAAGAAUCCAGAAUGGGCAUCUUACAAUAUAGGUAUAUUCGUUUGCACGAGGUGUGCCGGAGUACACAGAUCAAUGGGAGCACAUAUUUCGAAAGUGAAGCACUUAAAGUUAGAUAGGUGGGAAGAUUCUCAAGUGAAUAGGAUACGCGAAGUGGGUAAUGUCGUGGCGAGAUUGCACUACGAGGAACGUGUACCCUCUUGCUACCGCAGACCGAACCCAGAUGCCCCACAAGUUUUAGUUGAGCAGUGGAUAAAAGCAAAAUAUGACAGGGAAGAAUUUUGUCACCCCGAAAGACAAAAUCACUAUGUGUCAGGAUUCAUGGAAGGAUUUUUAAUGAAACGCGGGAAGGAAGAUUCGCGUUAUCAUCCUCGUAAAUUUGUACUCUGCGAAGCAGAGGAUACACUCAAGUAUCAUGUUAAGGAAAAUAAAGAACCUAAAGCUGUCCUAAGGAUAUCGGAACUAAAUGUGGCGUUUGCACCACCUAAAACCGGUAAUCAGAACAGUCUUCAAUUGUCCUUCAUGAAAGACGGCACAACGAGACAUAUCUACGUGUAUCACGAGGAUCCGGAGGUAAUCACGAAUUGGUAUCUCGCCAUCAGGUGUGCGAAACUGCACCGCUUGCAAGUGGCGUAUCCAGGCGCGAGUGAGAACGAGUUAUUGUCACAACUCACCAGGGAUUUUCCACGCGAAGGCUUCCUGUGGAAAACUGGCCCGAGACAUACAGACGCUUACAAAAAAAGAUGGUUCACGUUGGACGGUAGAAAACUUAUGUAUCACGAUGAUCCUAUGGACGCUCAUCCGAAGGGUGAAAUCUUCCUGGGACAUAGCUCCGAAGGCUUCGCGGUGAAGCCCGGCGUACCGCCGGGUGCUAGGGAUCAGGGAUUUUCGUUUACUCUCGAAACACCUGAUAGGACUUAUCUGCUCUCUGCGCAAAGCGAUGACGAUAGAUCGCAAUGGAUUAACGUGAUUCAAAAAGUAAUAGAUAAACCGCUAACGCCACAGGAUGCGACCGUAGCGGCAAGACUCGUAAGAAAACGCACAGCAAGCGGAACAAUGAAUAUAUUUUCGUCUACGAGAUAGGGCUGGAUUCCUCUUAGACGUCUUUCUUAAUUAUAUUCGGUAAUCGAUCGAAUCGUAUUGUCAAAAUAAAUAUAUGGCUCAGCACACACGCGAAAUGGCGCAUAUAGUUUUGGGUUGUCUACUCAUCUUGGUGCCGUUGAGUCAUGUAUUUAAUCUGCACACAGUUAAUGUAGUUUGCAUAGAGACAUACGCAUAAGACUGCUCGAAGAUGUUGAUCAACGUGGAUAAACUGCAAGCACCAACCUCGGUAACUCUUGCGUUGAAAAUAAUGCUCGUGUUCUCGCUUACCAUCGAAAUGAGUAGGCAGGCAGUAUCGUAACAAUAUUAUAAGAAAUUUUUACCUGGCAAUAAUAUUGUGUGUGAUACUUGUCUCCGACAGUGUAACGUUCGGAGCACCGAAAGAAAUUCUCUUCCAGAAGUUUGAUCUAAUCUGUCGGAACAUUUUAUUGAACAGCAAACCUAGCUUAAGAUAGAGAUUACUUUAAAGAUCACGGAUUCUCGCAGUAUUUUCUUUUUCCCUUUUUUUUAUUUACUUAGCUGGUUUAUUUAGACCACCAUUAUAAGGCCACAAGUGAUAACGAUACACACUGUACAUAAAAAAUAAAGGACUCUGAGGGCCUAUCACUCCUCAUUAUCAUUA